AUGUUGAAACAGCACAAAGACAAAGAAAAGGAAAAUAAGCAAAACCCCAACCAAGGCCGCAUGAAAAGUAGUAACAACGUCAAGCACGAUGAAGAAGCGGCGGGGGUCAGUAAUUUUCAGCAGCAGUGUCUCUUGCAGGCAGUCUCCCUGAGUCUGUGGUUGGUCCACGAUGCGCAACAGCGGUGCCGCGCGGAAAUGCGAAAAUUGAGCAAGGCGCUGGCCCAGCAGCAGACGCAGGCGCCCGCCGCCGGGGGUAAAAAAGGAGGACCACCACAUUAUGGUGCGGCCGCGGGAGUAGUCGGAACCACGAUCACAACGAACUCGACCACCGCUUUGCAACUCGGAGCAUCGACGACCCUGUUGCCCAGUGUUGUUUCGAAAUGGUUUCACGCGAGCCUCGACCUCUUGGGCCUGCUGCUCGUGGAGCAUGAGCAGCGCGGGUGGAGGAAGUCAAAGACAACAAGUCUUUCAUCUUCGCACAGGACCAGCUCAUUGUCUGCGAGUGCAGUGCCGGCGAAAAGUGCGCCGUCCGCAGUGUCCGGUGUGGACGAGGUCGAGUCAGCUAUUACUAAAGUUACGUCUUUGAUUCACGUUUUGCUCUGCCGACUCACGCAUUUUCUGGUGCACUGCGGGGGCAGUCAAAUCGAGCCCAUGACAACUAGUACGACGUCGAGUGCACAAGAAGUGGCGUCUUCAACGAAUAUUAUGAUCUCGUCAUCCUCCUCCACCUCCAAGUCCACCAGCGGGCUCCUGCAGCAGGCAUAUAGUACUAAAGGCAUGCGUAAGUUUCUGGCGUGCUGCGACCCGGAGAACACGUUUCGGGUUGGAUUUCUCUCGGUCCUGAAAGACGACCAGUACGCUGCCCUGCCACUCCCGCUGCUUCCCCCCGCGACCGCGCGCUUUCUCUCCUACUGGCUCCCCUUUCAGACCGCGCGGUUUUUAGCUCGAGCCGCGGAGGGAACAACAUCAAAUAAAAAUGCAGGAGCGCCUCCUCAUCUUCGCUACGACAAGCAGGUGAUUGUGGACCUGUAUCGGGAAGCGGCGGAGAACGCGAAGCGUCUCCUUGAAGUCGCGGGUCAAGAAUACAACUCAUUGUACUUCCAGAUUCUGUAUCCUGUGCAAAAGUAUCGUGUUCCUCGUUCUAAUCGCAGCCAUCCGCAGCUACAAAUCUUGAUCUUUUUAUGCGGCAAAUUAUCCGCAUUCCAAAUUUUAUUUUUCAAUAUGCUGAGCAAAAUCAUUUUUCGAUCCAACGCGCCAGUAUACGAUGCUUUUGCAAUGCAUAUGCUGUACGAGCAGCAGCGAUUCGUGCUGGAAAAGAGCUCCGUAACCAACCUGCAGGCACGGUACGCCAGAGUGUAUCCCCAAGAAUUCUACGCCCCCUUCCUGAACAGCAGUCAUUCACUACCCGUACUAGGUGAAGACAACCAGACGACAUCCUCGUCGAAAAUAAACACGUCGUCGCAAAUAGCUGCACAACGAGAACAUAAAAAACCUUCCUCUGCCGUGCCCCGCCCUCCGAGUCCUUCUGCGACCUGGUGGAAAGAGGUGUACUGUAGCCGGGCGUGUUUUGCUGUAGUCCGAGACUACUUGCGAACGAUGGGAGGAGGCAGUUCAUCAUCGGGAGCAGCUGGUGGAGGUGCUGGUGCCAGUACUGUAAAUCCGCCGACAAAAAAUUUUCCCGAGAAAGAGCAGCAGGAGUGUUACGAGUGGUGCCGGAAGGGGUUGCAACACUUCGAGAAGGCAGUUGGUGUUGGUCAACAUCUCCGGAUGAUCGCAGGGGUUGAUGAUCUUGCACGAGCGCGGCAAGAUGUUGAAGUGAGUACUUCCUUCAGAACUACGUCUUUACCACCAUGGGCUGCUAGGAAUUCUUCUCCUGGCAAUUAUCGUCGUGGUGGUGUUGGUCGUGGUCCCUACAAGACAGACGUGGACCGUUUUACGGUCCUUUUCGGCUCGUGUUUGGAUUUGACAGCGGGGGCCGGACGAGCCGCCGCAGUGCGGUACGAUAGUGCGCAAGAGCAGGUCGAGGACGAGGUGAAGCAACAGCAGCAAGAAGAGCCCCAACAUCUAUCUCUAUCUCCGCAGGAGCCGGAGGGCCAGCACGUGGUGGGCCUUCAAAUCGAAAUGCUGACCACACUCGUCGCCUGUUUGCACCGCGCGGUCGCUGCGCUGCCACAGGUAGCUGGGGGUAGUAGUGCUGGCCAUCAACACACGAGUACCGAGCAGCCGCGCAAAUCUUUUCCAACAGGAAAGAAUUCGUCGAAGUAUAUGCUUGAGUACGAAGCUCUCCCCGGCGGGAGGCAGUUUGGCCACGACGUGCCGGACACCGAGCUUCAGAGAGUCAUGCUCGAGCAGCCCUUCCGCGCGGUUUGCCGGCUGACACAAGCCACGGUAUUCGGGCUGCAACAGGUCGUUAACCAAAUCCAGGAGCUGUCCCCUUUCUCCUCAACGUCUAACGCUGAGUUAAAUGAUGAGGACAUGAUGCUGGCCAUGGCCAUUUACGCAAUUUCCAGCCUCGAAGCGGCAGAGAGGGUUGCGAGCUUUCUGCAAAGCAUUGUCGUGCCGCGCAUCCACGACCAUUUCGUUGGCUCCUUGCACGGAAUGUGGUACACGUGCCAUACCCUCUACGUGUUACAGUCACAGCUCCGAAAAUUCGAGGAUCUUUUGAAGGAUCCCGCGACAAAACAGAUUUUCGCCAGGCUUCGGCGAAUGAGUUCCAAAACGGCAGCUACGCACGUUGUAGCAUUUGGUGGCAAGAAUAAAAACCAGCAGCAGUGGUCUACUACCACCAUCGGCGGCCACCAGCUGUACCACGACGACACGGGUGGACCACGAGCAGUAGAGCGAACGGUAAAUUCUUUGGAGCUGUUUUCCAGCAAGCGAGCGACGGACGUGUACAAAUCUGCGCUUUGUCACUUUCUACUCGGGGAGUUCUGCGAUACCAGGCCGAGUAAGGGAAAGAAAUUUCGGCUGGACGACAUGCAGCGACUAUUUCCAGGCCUGGACGAAGUUGCGUGGAUGCAGAAGCGGUUGCGAUCUAUGAAAAAGCCCCUAUCUCCCUUCAAGAUCUGAAGUCAAGCGAUGGAAGUAGACAAACGAGGCGGGAGAAGAUCAUCAUGCGAUCACUACUAGCUCCUAAUAUUUCUUCAUUUCUACUACUGCUAGAAUCUUCACCUCCUCGAGAAGAACCCUCAUGGGUGGAUUUGUGGGACGCUGCGUCGACUGCCGCGUCAGGCAGCUGCAAUGCAACUCAGGAAGAUAAUUACUUGCUUUGAAGAUACUUGCAGUAAAGGCACAUAAACAUAUAGAAUUAAAGUGAGUGAUGUUGUUUUUCGCUUGUUUUCUUCCUGGUUCUUCCAGCGCUUGAAGCCCUUCGUCUGUGACGAGCGAAGCCUUCGCUCGUCACAGACAGUACCAGGUUGACUGCAGCGACGUGGGCGUCUGUGCAAGAAACAAAAAAAAAGAGGGUGUUAUAUUUAUAUUUCGGGGAAAAGUAUUCAGAUAGAGGCGAGGACAAAGGUAUUGCUUUAGGUGAUUUCCUGCUCUCAUGGUUCUUCUGCCAUGCAGCUGACGGAGCGAAGUGGUGCCACUGGUGCUUACCCAAAG